AUGAAGGCAGCGCCACGCUUUACUCGGGCGGCGGUCCUGUCCCUGCCGCUCAUGUUGCCGCUGCUCGUCGUGCUCACGGCAUGGGAACCGCCCGUGUCGCAAGCUCAGGAAAUCGCCAAUGAAGAGUCUAGUGUCUCUGGCACAGCCUCAGUGACCAUGCCGUGGCACAUGGCUCCGUCGGCUCCAUCCCUGUACCGUGCCGCCGAUGAGGCGCCGCGCCUGCACGUCGUCGUCAUGAGUAUACCGUUGUGGGGUCAUUUCAAGCCCCUCUGGACGAUCGCGGAGGAGAUGGCGUAUCGUGGCCACACAGUAACAUGCGUGGUGGAAAAGCCGAUGUGGUGUGAGACGCUGCUGCGACACAGCCAACACACAGCGCCGCUCGUGCUCGCAAACACCAGCGCAGCGACGUAUGCAAAGCCGAUGGUAGAGGGUAACGGCCCGCUCGAUGUUCAGUGUAUCGUCAUUCCAACCUACAAGGAAGUGUUCACUGAGCGCAGCUUUCAUGCCAUUACCAGUGAGAAAAUCUCCACCCUCAUGUCCUUUCAGGUGCUCUUUGACCACAUGUUCAAGCACCACGAGUUAGCGUUGUCAGACUACAUACGGGUGGCACAGGCCGUUCAUGCCACUCUGCCCCUCACGACGCUCCUCUGCGACAUCGCUACCUACGUGUGCGCCGGCGUGGGCCGCAAGAUGAACCUUCCUGUGAUCAACGUGUUUCCUCUCACCGGACAGCUGACCGUUGGCCUGCAGGCAAUGUUGCCAGCUGUGGGACUGGGCUUCCCGCGUCACAUGACCCUCCGUGCCCGCAUCGCUAACUUUGCCUUCAAGCUCGUCGUUGCCGCCUCCGGGGCCAGCGUUGUGCGCAACCUCAACCGCGUACGCGCCGCCAAUGACGUCCCACUACUGCGGGACAGCUACGACCUGGCGGCCAUGUACGGCCCAAUUAUCGCUCCCAUUUUGUGGGGUCUUGACAUCCCGCAGCCCCUCUGCCCAAACAUCCACCAGGUCGGUCCGCUGAACACCCGUGAUCAGCGGCAGCCCUACCGCCGGCAGGACCUGCCGCUUGACCUCGCCGCUUUCAUGGACGGCUGCUCGCAAGGUGUCAUCUACGCAAACUGGGGCACCAUCGGCUUGCCAGACCCGGAGGUGGAGGAUCGCUUGCAGGAGGCACUCAUUGAAGCUGCCCCGCUCUGCAUAGUGUGGAAGCGGCGCACUGCAUCAACAAGGCCACCGCCGCCGGCCGCUCGCUUCUACGUUACGUCCUGGCUGCCGUCGACUAUAGCGGUUCUGAAGCACCCGAACACGCGCAUGUUCAUCACGCACUGCGGCGACAGCUCUGUGCUGGAGUCUGUCGAGGCGGCGGUGCCGGUCGUCGGCUUCCCACUCUUUGCCGAUCAGGCGGAUGUCUGCCAGCGCGUCAAGGAGGCGGGCAUCGGCACUCCUGCCAGCGAAACGAAAGCCUUCACCCGCGCCGGCGUCGUCGCCGCUAUUGCGGCUGUCGAUAAGAACCAUGACGCCAUGGUGCGGCAACUGCACAAGCUUCGCGCCGUCGCCGCCGCAUACGGUGGCCCACAGCGCGCUGCUGACAUCAUCGAGAGUCGUCAACAUAACUUGCUCAUUCACCGAAACACAACCCUCGAGGUGUGUACGAGCUUAUCGGGUCCACUGCGAAUUGAGUAUGCCCUCAUCGUGUGGUCGGCAGUUCUGGUAGUUGGUGGGCUGGUGUGGAUGUACAUACUACGGCGUGUGUGUAGGCGGUGGUCACCGACCUCCGCAGCGUGGUCGAUGCUCUGGCGCUCAAUUUGGUCAGCGAAAGGCAAACGCAGAACACACGCAGCGCCGUCGCGCGUGCAGGCUGUUCCACGGCCAUACAAGGCCUAUAAACAGCUUUGA